AGCAGCCAUGCGUACGAUUGAGUGCGAGUUCUCCCACUUCGCGGUGCACCCCGGCCACGGCCGCCGCUACGUGCCCUUCGCGUUCCUGUCGACGAAGCCCGUGCUGACCUUCUCGCGCCCCAAGUGCUUCGCCCUGUACAUGCGCAAGAAGAACCCGCGCUUCAUCCCGUGGACGCGCACGUACCGCCGCAUCCACCGCAAGACGACGACGGACCGCGUUGCGCGCCGCCGCGCCGCCCGCGCCGUGAAGGUGCAGCGCGCCAUCGUUGGUGCGGACCUGUCGUACAUCCAGGAGGUGCGCGCCACCCGCAAGGAGGACCGCUCCGCCAAGGCGAAGGCCGUCCGCGCGGAGGUCGCGGAGCGCAAGGCCGCCAAGAAGUAAGACCGCUGUCCCUCGCUCUUUGAACCAGUGUGAAGACGGCUGUUGGACGUCAUGGCAACUGUGAUGCUUUAGUCAUUUCUCGUUUGAUUUCACCUUCACCAAGAAGAAA